AUGGCUCGUUGUUUGGACGACAUGCAGCGGUUGCAGAAGCUGGAGGAGCGCAUAGCGGAGAACGAUGAAAGCAACCUCGAGACAUUCGGGGAGGAGCGUAUCGCCACCAACGAUGAGUUCAAUCAAGACACCUUUGGGGAGGGGAGCGACAACAUGUUUGGCUUUGAGGAGAAGAAGAUCGAUCCUUCUGACGCGGGGCUGUACAGCUACAUCGAGCUGCACGACUUCUACUCAGGGGAGUAUAGCGGACUCCAGAUCAUGGAGUACUGGCACGAGGUCGACGGUGUGCAACCGAGCCCGCCAAAGGUUGCUACGGCUGUGCCUUCGGCUGGACUGGUACGGCAGAUGUCAGUGCGAGUGGGUCGGAAAAAGCCCGUCUGUCCGGAAAUCUGUCAUGAUCUCAUGAGUCUUGCAAGUAAUUCACAAGGCGGCCGUAAUGAGUAA